AUGCACCGCUAUGCGACGUCUAGUUUCCGGAAUGCAUCUAUUACGAGCUCCGGGCAGGGAUCAGCUAGAUUCAAGCGUUUGACGAACUCGCGGUUGACGAUUAAACUGAAACUCCACUCGGACCGGGAUCACCACUCAAAUGCAGCUCCACAUUCUCCACUCCUUAAUUCGAAGCUUGAAGGCUACACCGAAGAAGAGCUUGCCGAAUAUCGUCAAGUUUUCAACAUGUUUGAUACAGAUCGUUCUGGAGCUAUCGGACUAGAAGAGCUUGAGGCUGCGAUGCGAAAUCUAGGCCUAGAACAGACAAGGGAGGAAUUGGAUCGUAUAAUUGAUGAGGUAGACCAACGUGGUAAUCACGAAAUUGACUUUGAUGAGUUUUGUGAUGUUAUGCGACGUCUUUACGAUAGGAAAAAAAGCUGGAACAGCGUCAUCAAGGAGUGCUUCUCCGUUUUUGAUCGCUCUGAAUCCGGGGUCAUCUCCAAGAAAGAUUUCCAAUAUAUUCUUCGCGAGCUCGGGGACAUCACCGACUCGACGAUUCAAGAUGAAAUAUUUUUGGAGGCCGACGUUGAUGGCAACGGUCUGAUCGACUAUGACGAAUUUACGUAUAUGUGUAAAAAUUAUAUGCUGGACGAGGAUAUUAAU